UACAAGCACGGCUGUUCUCUUUCAGAUACGUAAAUGUAGCUGAGAACUACAUGCGAGAUACGUGCGUUUUGAGUUGUGACUGUUUCUAACUAGUUUCAGUCAGUGUGUGUAUAAGGAGUUUAAACUUGUGCAAGGCUGUCUGGCAUCUGUAGCAAGCAGACGGAUCAUAACCAGUGGCAUGUUUGCGAUCCGAAAUUUCAGUCUUCUGUGUAGAAGAUCAGCAGUUUCAACAUGGAGAAGUAAAAGUCAGAGUGCUGGGCAGAGGCUGGACAUCAGCGGCAUUUACCCUCCCAUUGCCACUCCAUUUACUCAUAGUGAAGAUGUGGACUAUCAAAGACUUGAUGAAAAUAUUAAGAAGUAUGGCAACAUACCAUUUAGAGGUCUUGUUGUACAGGGAUCGAAUGGGGAAUAUCCAUACCUAACUCCAGAGGAGAGAGUAGAGGUGGUGAAGAGAGUGAGACAGGCCUUGCCAAAAGACAAGAUGGUAAUGGCUGGAUCUGGCUGUGAAUCCACCAGAGGCACGAUCCAAAUGAGCCAAAGAAUGGCAGAUGCAGGCGCUGAUUGUGUGUUAGUGGUAACACCAUGUUUUUACCGUGGCCGAAUGGAUAGCCAUGCUCUCAUAAACCACUACAUGCAGGUGGCAGAUUCCAGUUCAGUGCCAGUGGUGUUGUACAGUGUGCCAGCAAACACUGGUCUUGACCUGCCUGUAGAUGCAAUAAUUCAGCUUUCCCACCAUCCAAAUAUUGUCGGCCUCAAAGAUAGUGGUGGUGAUAUCACAAGAAUAGCUCUGAUUGUGCACAAAAGCAGCUCACAGGAUUUCCAGGUGCUUGCUGGAUCCGCUGGGUUCCUCAUGGCUGCAUACUCUGUGGGUGCUGUGGGAGGCGUUUGUGCCCUCGCAAAUGUUCUGGGUCAACAGGUGUGUGAACUUGCACAGCUGUGUGUUUCAGGACACUGGGACGAAGCCAGAAAGCUACAGUGUCGCCUCAUUGAACCUAACACUGCAGUAACUCGGCAGUAUGGCGUUCCAGCUUUGAAACAGGCAAUGGAAUGGUUUGGAUAUCAUGGUGGUGUGUGUCGGUCCCCUUUGCAGCCUUUAUCAAAGGCAGAUUUAGAUCAGCUUCGAGCAAAAUUUUCUUCCAAUGGUUGGCUUUAAGUUUAAGUAGGGUAUCAUAAUCAAAGUGUUAAAAAUUGCACCAAGGGCUUCUAAAAGUAUGUGUAAUUAUUGUUUUUGUGUUAUCAUUAAUUCAAACUGAUGUUCGUGUCUUCAAAAAUGUGAUAACUUUUUCAAGAAAGACGAUUAAAAAAUAUUUCAGUCUAACAUGAACUGAUAUGCUUACUAGAUGUUUAAGUUUGUUGUA